AUGAACAUGAGAUUGACAGACGAUCCACUCGUUCUUGAUGAGGGUUCUCUUCUGAUCAACACGACAGAGGCAACAUGGAGGCACUCGUCGACCUCUAGCCCUACCGAUCUGGAGGAGAUUUUAACGGGUAGACUUGAGGACAGAGAGUACAUCGAUGAGAAUAGUAAUGUUUGGCCGUACCAAGUGGCGAUAUUUAGACAUAACGGGAGUAUUAUUUUUGGCGGGAGUCUGGCGGUCACUUUCACCGGUCAACCUGCUGUGUCGAUUCGAAGCCUAAAAGGUGACGUCAUCAUUGGUACCCGUCUUCGGCUGGAUGGACAUAUAGAUGUAUUCAAUGAAAGGGGAACCAUCGGUGGUUAUGGAGUGAAGAAUGGUCCAGGCGGAGGGGGUGUCUUUAACGAGACCACGCCCCCUGGUGGUGCAGGCCACGGAUCUUACGGUGGGGGAGCCUUUAAGACGAUUACAUUCCCGUCAUUUAAAGUCAGCAGGUUCGGGUAUCCUUAUCACAUGGGAGACGGUUACCAUCUCCUAGGUGGAAGCUCGGGAGGUAAAAAGGAGUUUGCCACCGGGCUUAUUCUGACAAACCCAAAGGGUGGGGGCGCUGUUGAAUUUGUUGCAAAACAGAAGAUCUCCAUUGAGGGUCAUAUAUCAGCUAGUGGACAGUCUGGGGUUGUCUUCGACAAUGAAUUCCUAGGUCGGUAUCCAGACAGCGAACCGUGUGCAGGAGGAGGAAGUGGUGGGCUCAUCAGAAUGAAAGCCAGAGAGAUUGAGAUACGUGGAAAUGGAUUCCUGACAGCGACCGGUGGCGAUGGCGCCCGCAACGACAACACUAGCAUGUUCUGCGGUGGAGGAGGUUCAGGUGGUAUCAUCGCGUUCAUGAUUACCAAGAGAGCUCACGGGUAUCUGCUUAGCGACCAUCUGUUUCUUCAAGGUGGUGGAGGAACUGAACCUGGUGGUACGGGGACCUUUGAAAUUACAACGGUCAUGACAAUUCAUAGACUUUGUCUCAAGUCGCAAAUGCUGACGUUAGACUUCUUGACGUCACUUUGUUUAUUUUGGAUAACAUCCAAUCCAUCCACGUUCAGUGAGGUUACAGCAGAAUCACAGAGUGAAGGCAACUAUGACGAAAGUUGUAGCUGUGGAACGUCACCACCAAGCACCGAGCCAGCCUCGGAGCCCCCGUUAACAUGUCUUUCUGUAACAGCGGCAUGUGACUGUAACAACACGGUUACCUCGUGUCCGGAGGUCAACGUGACUGAAUCGUGUGACUGUCACACAAGCGUGCCCGAUACAGGGGGAUCGACCACUUCGCACCCGAUGAUGACCUCUCCAAACGAGGUGGAUAACUCAGUUACCAAUGUGAUUGAAAGUACAUCCCAAGCGACUGGAGAAGAGUAUACGACAACUAGCGCCUUCGCGUCGCUCACACCCAGUAAUGCUGCAAAGUACUUGGAAGAAACUCUGGUACAAAUGGAAGGUAGCAGUGGAGCGGAAUCCACAAAGGAAGAAGCCGUGCGUGUGUUGCAAGAGGCGGAAGCUUUAGGGUUGAGUCUGGGCAAACAGCUUGCGGUAACCAGGAAAGAUGGCGAAACCGUUUCUACAUCAGCUGCGUCAGAGACUAUUGGUAUGUCCGUUGUCAUAGAGGAUGCUGCCAUGUUUGAUGGUAGCACAUUCCCAGACCUUAAAGAUUCGGUUUUCAAAGCUGACACAAAGUGGACAGAACCUUCUCUUUCUCAACACGUAUCUGACUUCCUGCCCAAAGAAAACGCUACAGGCUACAUCAUUGUGGUAAAUAUUCUCUUCUUGGGACUUGGAGAGGCUCUUGGAGGGAAACUCGAAUGGCCAACUGAAACAGUUAACAGCCGUGUAGUUGGUACUUCGGUUUACCUCAGUGCAAACGUCACAGCAAACUUCACUAACAGUGUACGCAUGACAGCAGAGAAACUUCAGAAACACGUACUUGGCAACUCCAGCUGUCGGUUCUGGGACUUCGGUUCCACAGGCACCGUAGAGGGCGCGUGGUCUGCUGAGGGAUGCGCAGUAGAAACCGAGAACAAUACCCACGUGACGUGUUUGUGCGAUCAUCUGACUAACUUUGCUGUUCUUCUCAUGCCGGACAGUGUCAUGAUUGGAGCUGUUGAUAAGAUAGCACUUGGCAUCAUCUCCUACAUUGGUUUGGGUCUUUCGCUCUUCUCGCUGUUACUUGCUUUUAUAUCUAUCAGCGUAUCACUCAAGAGUCUGAAACACUUCCAGUCUGCCGUGAUUCACUUGAAUCUAAUCGCUGCUCUCGGACUGGCUGAUUUCAUGUUCCUGAUUGGAGCAGACGACACUGAAAACGAGGUGUGGUGCACCGCUGUUGCUGUUAUUUUGCAUUACUUUUUCUUGUCGACCUUUAUGUGGAUGUUGUGUGAAGGUUUUUACAUUUACAUCCGGGUCACCAGCGUGUUUACUGAUGUCAAAGGUCAUAUGAAGUUCUACUUCCUCGUUGGUUGGGGUGUUCCAGCCAUAAUCGUUGGGGUAACAGCCGGGGUGAAUCUUGAUGGAUACGGCACGGAUGCGGCCUGUUGGUUGGCUACAUCCGAUAACACACUCUGGACCUUCGCAGCACCUGUUGCUAUUGUUAUCACGGUCAAUGCCUUUUUCCUGGUGAUGAUAAUGUUGAGGUUUCUUAAGGUGAAAAGCAUAGCCAAGAAGUCCAAGUAUGUACAGCUAAGGAAAGCAACCCGGGCCGCCAUUAUCCUGCUUCCACUACUAGGCACAACUUGGAUUUUCGGUCUCGUCGCGUUCGGAUCUGGCAGUGUGGUUUUGUUUUACGUCUUUGUCAUUCUGAACUCGUUACAGGGUGUGUUCAUUUGCAUAUUCCACUGUCUGACCAAUGACGACGUAGCAUCAACUCUCCGCAUAAAACUCCGACGAUCUCGAACUCAGAUUGAUGUUUUCCUGUCAUCCACUGAUCAUCGAAGACUUCCGAAAUCCAAAUCAGCGAAAACAAUGGAGCUAAAAACCAGUUCAGGUGGAUGUCGAGAUAAAUCCGGAGCCUUCGAUUCAGCUGCGUGUGGAUCUUCCGAACAAUGGGCAACCCUCCAAUCCCAACCUUCGCUCAACUAA